CUGCGGUGCUCGGCUCCACCACCCACCAGCCAGCAGGACCAUGAUCACGCUGGCAAGGACGAGAAGUUGCAGCUUUUCCUUUUCUGGGGUGCCGUCCUCGGUCAGGGCCAUAGUUUCGCACUCAUGGGCACAAAGCAGUGGCGGGAGCACGGUGAAUACAACUCGGCGAAGAAAGUGUGGAGUAGAACGCAGGGUUCCUUACCCACACGGCCCGAGCAUCAGCAGAACUAGGAGCAGCCGCACUAGCAGCAGCGGCACUGGCAGCAAUACCACUAUCUCCGGUCCAAGAAACGCCAACACUACCAGAAAAAUCGCGCAUGCAAAGGCCUCUUUGGGCACUUCCUCGCCCCUGUCACCGCCGAGAGCACCAUUAGCUAGAACGGGGUGCUCCACUUCAACUAGCAGAGAGGCAUCAGGCUGGCAACCACCGGCGGCGACGCAGCAGCCUCACCGGUGGGGCCAGGAGAGGCCUCCCGCCAAGCACAUCCGCGAGCUUCGGCGCCAGCAACGGCUCAAGGAAGAGCGAGCGGAGGAGGUCGGUUUGCCGAUCCCUCCGCCUGUCACCGGCAAGGGCGGGAAGGGAAAGCUCAUAUUUCCGCAGUCCGAUUCCUACCGCUUCGUACUUCACAUACGGCAGCUCACCCAGGACAGGAACCUCUCCGGUGUGCUGUCCGCCCUGAGCAUCGCCGAGCGGAAGGAGGGAGGGGUCGAUGUCCACGGGUACAACGCCUGCAUCGGGGGCAUGGCGAAGGCCAAGCGCUGGGCGGAUGCGCUCUCGCUCCUGAGCCGGAUGAGGGCUGCAGGCGUCGCUCCUAACACGCACUGCUACUCCAACGCCAUCUUGGCGUGCUGCCGGUGCGGGGAAUACCACCAUGCCCCCCUUUUGCGAAGGGAGAUGGCUGUGGCCGGCGUUCCGCAGACGCUGACGUGCUACCGCCUCGAGCUGGAGCAUUUCGGCAACAAAGGUCGGUGGGGCUUGGCCCUGCGGCUGCUGUCCGAGUUGAAAGAGGCCGGCCUCACUCCGGACGCAAAGGUGUACAACGGAGUGCUCGACGCGUUCGCGCAGUCGAAGGAAUGGGCGAGGGCCAAGGACGUCCUGCGAGAGAUGGCGAGCGCCGGGCACGAGCUCCACGCCCGGAGCUACCGAGGGCUUAUCGUCUCCGCCGCCAACGCGGGGGAGUGGCGCGUGGCCUGGCGAACCUUCCGCAAGAUGAACGCCCUGGGCGUGGAGAGGAGCUCGCGUAGCCCCGCGAUCUUCAACUCGGUGACGGCCGCGUGCGGGGCGGCCGGAAGAUGGGAGGAGGCGUUAGUCGCCCUGCGGCUGACCGUGCGGGGAGGUAUGGCGCCGACCUUCAUCGCGUACAACGCGACGCUGGGGGCGCUCGGCAAAGCCGGGCGGUGGAAGCACGCACGGCGGCUGCUGAAAGACAUGCAGCAGCGGGCGUCGUCACCGUCCACGCGGGGAGAGGACAGCAGCGACAGCAAUCCCGGACUGAGGGAAAGACGGGCUCGGGGCAUGGCUAGGACAUCACCGCGGAAGGAGCGUCUCCCACCCCCCGACGUCUACAGCUACACCUCGGUGAUCGACGCCUGCGCCAAGUCCGGGGAGCGCGACCGCGCCCUGAAGGUCCUCGAGGACAUGCGCCGCGCGCAGGUGCACCCCAGCCUGGUGACCUAUAACGCCCUCAUCCUGGCGUGCGGCACCAGCGACGCCAAGAAGCCGCGCGGCGGCAGCGAUUGGCGGCGCGCCCUCUCGUUCAUUGAGGAGAUGGUCAACUCCGGGGUGAAGCCGGACGUCUAUACGCUUACCGCGGCGGUGGCCGCGUGCGAGGCGGGCGGGGAGUGGGGCGAGGCGGCGGCGUACCUGAAGGGUCUGCGGGGGGGCGCGGGGAAGGACGGGUGGACCCGGAACGGGGUGGUGGCGCAGCUGACCAUCCUCGCCUGCGGCAAGGCCAACGACUGGAAGGGCGGCCUGCAGGUGGUGAGGGAGAUGGAGAGGCUGGGAGUUCGGCCGAAGGUGGGAGUCUUCAACGCCCUGAUCGAGGCCCUUGGCGUGGGACCGCAACAGCCAAAACGGGACAGGCGACAGCACUGCAUCUAGGUGUCCUCGUGUGUGCCAGCAGUUAUUGCGCGAUUCGAUGAGCUCUACAAGCAUGGAAUUCUGGCAGAGUUGCACUCGUUUGGCCCUUGAAAUCCCGCAUUGAUUUCGUCGUGGAUGGGCAGGUGGGGGCAUAAUAGUUUUGAAAACAAGGGUUUCAGUGCCAUCAAAGGAAUAUGGCUUGACGGACUCGUUUGUGGUGGCGGUUCUCUAAAGUAGAUCUCAGCUCUCAUUAGUUUCCCUCGAUCAGAGAAAAAUUUGUACACCUGCUUCUUUUUCUAUCCGUGGUGAAAAUCUUGCAAGGGCAUGGUAGCGAUACCCGCCUUGGGGGCCACUUUCAAAUC